AUGGGGUGCUGGAUUUUGAAUGAAAGUCUGUCUGUCGUGUUACUACUGUCAUGGUUGGGAGGGAAUUUCUAUCUGUUUAUUGACACAUUCCGUUGGUAUGAAGAAGAGGACGCUUUUCUUUACACACGGGUUAUUCUUGGUUCAGCCUUGGCUUGGGCAAGAGCAUCAGCUAUAUGCCUGAACUAUAAUUGCAUGUUAAUUCUAUUGCCCGUCAGUCGAAAUUUCAUCUCAUUUUUGAGAGGGACCAUCAUUUGUUGCAGAGGACCAUGGAAGAAACAAUUAGACAAAAGCCUCAAGUUCCACAAGCUGGUGGCCUACGCAAUAGCUAUUCAUGCAACUAUCCACAUUGUGGCACACGUGGUUAACAUGGAGCGCUAUCACAUUGGCCAAUCCAAAGAGGCUGGGGAGCUGCCAAACAAGCUUUCUUACCUUGGCAACAACCCAAAUGAAAGCUACCUGAACCCAAUCAGGAAAUAUGACACAAACUUAAUUACUGAAUUCCUAACCACAAUAGCUGGUGUAACUGGACUGGUGAUCUCCGUGGUUUUGAUUUUGAUCAUGACCUCAUCAAUUGAGAUCAUUAGACAAGCCUCCUACGAGUUAUUCUGGUAUACACACCACAUGUUUGUCAUCUUCUUCAUUGUCUUAAUUAUCCAUGGAACAGGACAGAUUGUCCGAAGUCAGACACUGGAGAGUUUGAUGCUGCACAAUGUCACCUACUGUAAAGAUCAUCUCACUGAAUGGGAAGAAAACACUCAGUGCCCCUUGCCACAGUUUUCUGGCAAUAAACCUUCGGCUUGGAAAUGGGUUUUAGGCCCUAUGGUAUUGUAUAUGUGUGAAAGGAUAAUUAGGUUCUGGCGAUUUCAACAGAAAGUUGUCAUUACUAAGGUGGUAACUCAUCCCUCUGAAGUCCUGGAACUUCAUAUGAAAAAGCGUGACUUUAAAAUGGAGCCUGGACAGUACAUCUUUUUGCAGUGCCCUUCCAUUUCCCAGUUGGAAUGGCAUCCUUUCACUCUCACCUCAGGCCCCGAGGAAGACUUUUUUAGUGUACACAUACGUAUGGCAGGUGAUUGGACAGAAGCUUUGUUUAAGGCCUUCGGAGCAGAAGCAACAUCUUUUAAGGAGCCCUGGAUGCUUCCAAGACUGGCAGUGGAUGGACCGUUUGGAGCUGCUGUUACAGAUGUUUUUCACUAUCAAAUCAGUGUGUGCAUUGCUGCAGGAAUAGGAGUCACCCCCUUUGCCUCAGUUUUGAAAUCUAUAUACCAUAGAUGUUGUGGUCCGCACACAGACCUGAAGCUGGACAAGGUUUAUUUCUACUGGAUUUGCAGAGCUCCAUGUGCCUUUGAGUGGUUUGCUGAUCUUUUGUUUUUGCUGGAAACUCAGAUGGCUGAGAAGGGGAAAACCAAUUUUCUGAGUUAUCAUAUAUUUCUUACUGGAUGGGAUGAAAAUCAGGCUGCCCAUGUAGCUUUACAUUGGGAUGAAAAUACUGAUGUAAUCACAGGACUAAAGCAGAAGACAUUCUAUGGAAGACCUAACUGGAACAACGAGUUCAGGCAACUGGCUUACAACCACCCCAGCAGUAACAUUGGUGUAUUCUUCUGCGGACCCAAAGCUCUCUCCAAGACUCUUCAAAAAAUGUGUGGCUUAUAUUCCUCAGCUGACCCCAAAGGUGUUCAUUUUAAUUACAACAAAGAAAACUUCUAG